UAAUGGAGAUGAUAAGCCGAGCGUUGUGCAAGCAUUCCGCUCUGCCAUAAUUAGGCUAUGUUUAAUAAUUACUGACAGUGACCUCUGCUCUCCUGUUCCUCAGUUUCCCGUCCGGAUCGGAAAGAUUAUUUGUGAACUUUACCUGCGCCUUAUAACACCCCUGAAGACGCUCGGCAUCCAGUCCAGAGCCUCGGCUCCCAAGAGCUUCACACACAAGGAUCCGGCGAUCGGCCUCGGCGGGCACCAUGGGCGAGGACAGCCUAAGGAAGCGAAAAGAGGGGAAAAAUGAAGAUAGCCAGUCCAUCCAGAGCAAGCAGUCCACCGCCAUGCAGCUCAAGAAGCAGGUGGGACUGCUCAGUGGGAUAAGUCUCAUUGUCGGAACAAUCAUUGGGUCUGGAAUCUUCAUUUCCCCAAAAUCCGUCCUCAGAAACACAGGUGCCGUGGGGCCCUGCCUCAUCAUUUGGACGGUGUGCGGGGUGAUUUCGAUUAUGGGUGCCCUGUGCUUUGCCGAGCUUGGCACAAUGAUCACAAAGUCUGGAGGUGAAUACCCGUACCUCAUGGAGGCCUUUGGACCCAUCCCCGCCUUCCUCUUCUCCUGGGCCAGCGUCAUCGUCAUGAAACCUUCGUCAUUUGCAAUCAUAUGUCUCAGCUUUGCAGAGUAUGCAUCAGCGCCAUUUUAUCCGGGCUGCGAACCCCCAUCGGUGGUCAUCAAAUGCCUGGCCGCUGCCGCCAUCAUGACGAUCACAGUGGUGAACUGUCUGAGUGUGAAGCUGGCUUCUUAUGUGCAGAAUUUCUUCUUUUUUGCCAAAAUGAUCAUCAUCAUCAUCAUCAUUGUCAGCGGCAUCGUCCUGCUGAUACAAGGAAAUACUGAGAACUUUACAAACAGCUUCGAAGGCUCCAAAAUCACAGCCGGGGGGAUCGGUCUGGCGCUCUACAAUGGUCUGUGGGCCUAUGAUGGAUGGAACCAGCUCAAUUAUAUUACAGAGGAGCUUAAAAAUCCAUACAGAAACCUUCCCUUCGCCAUCAUACUUGGGAUCCCGCUGGUUAUGGUUUGUUACCUGCUGGUCAACAUUGCCUAUUACACGGUGAUGACCCCCACCGAGCUCCUGCAGUCUCCGGCCGUUGCUGUGACCUUCGGGGACCGUGUCUUGUACCCCGCAGCCUGGCUCGUGCCUUUGUUUGUGGCAUUUUCAACCCUUGGAUCUGCAAAUGGAUCCUGCUUCACCGCUGGAAGGCUUACGUAUGUGGCUGGUCGUGAAGGACACAUGCUGAAAUUCCUAUCGUACAUCAGCGUCAAGAGACUGACCCCGCUGCCGGCCAUUGUGUCCUAUGGCAUUAUUGGAAUGUGUUACAUUAUCCCGGCUGACAUCGACACCCUCAUUAACUACUUCAGCUUUGCCGUCUGGUUAUUUUAUGGAUUAACCAUCGCUGGCCUGGUGGUCAUGAGAUUCACAAAAAAGGACAUGAAGAGGCCGAUUAAGGUCCCAAUUGUCAUCCCCAUCGUGAUGGUUCUGGUCUCGUUGUACCUGGUGCUGGCGCCCAUCAUCGAUGAGCCGGACUUUGCCUACCUGUACUGCGUGAUCUUCAUUCUGAGUGGCCUCAUCCUUUAUUUCCCCUUUGUGCACUACAAGGUCAAAUGGGCGCAGAAGAUAACAAAGCCAAUCACCAUGUACGUACAGAUGAUCAUGGAAGUGGUUCCUCCAGAAUAGCCCAAGAUCUAAGGACCCAGGUUACAAGACUGAUGAUGAACCCAAAGAAAAGACUGUGCAGGGGUCUUUACCCGCCGCACCAUUGUACAUAAUGUAAAUGUCACAUUUCUCAGGAAAGCAGCCGCCGAUGUGGAUGAAUCUAACCCUCCAGCUGUCUGAAUAUUUUGUAUUUUUUCAUUUACUUUUAUUGAAUGCGUCUUUUCUACCUCUGUGUAAGGGGGAUUCAGAGCAAUAAAUAUACUGUAU